AAGCACGAAGCCUUUCCCGGCCUUUCGGGCUCCACGGUUCCCGCCCGCCGAUUUCCAGCCGUCAGGGUCACGCCUCUCUUUGGAAUCCCUGAACUCUGUGCCCCCCAAGCCCUGGCCCCUCUGCGGGAAUGUUCAAAAAUGAGUACCAGGGAGGUGCAUUUGUUGAAAUCUUCAGUGCUCAGGGAAAAAAUCCUGGAGCAAAAUGGAAGAUCCUUGGCAGUCCGUCUGUGAUUUGGAAAGAGUUUGAUAAAGAAGUUAAAAGUUUUGUGUUUGUUCUGGAAGGCAGCAGCCAAACAAACAAAAUUCAAUUACCAAAGGAGAAUAAGCAAAUCCUUGGACUGAUCCAGAGGUUUCUUGUACUUCAGAUUUAUGUACCCCUGGGACAAGACUUCUCCACCGAAUUGCUAAUUACUGAUUUAGGAAACAUCAAAAGAAGAUUGUAUUUAUCAACGGUCCAUAAGGAACUGUCCUCAACCCCUCUUCAUGCAAAAAUCCCACUCUUCAUGAUCAAACGCAAAAUUUGGUGCAAUCUAUGCAUUGACUUGGUAGCAUUCACCGGUGAAAUAUUCAAGGGGGCAGUUUUCCAGUCAUUGGAUGGAAUUGUUGUCUCAGCUAACUGUAAGCUACGGAAGAUCUUCACCUUAAAAUCAAAGCCUCAAGACACUGAUGAUAAAGAUGCUGUACGUGGUGUUCCCUUUCCAACAGAUGAACCUAUAGACAUUAUUCCCAGAAGCUGUCAACUAACAACAGAUGUUCCACACGUCACGCAACUGCUAAACAUGACUAAACUCCGCCAAACUGAAAUAAAAUUUGGAGGUCAUACUCUAAGUUCAGCAGAAUCAGAUCAGUUCAUUAACAGAGGAACAGGUAGUGUACGGAACAGUAAAAAUCAAGAUGUUUGUCAUAUUGCCUUUGGAUCCAAAGUUCUUGGACCACCUCCACUCUCUGGCAGAAGAAAUAACAUGAGGAUAUCCAGUGAGACAAUUAGACCCAUUGGAUCCAAAAACAACCGGUCAUGCCAGCAGUCCACAGCACAGAAGUGUGUUAACAGUGCAGGAAUGUCAGCCUUGCUGAUAUCUGACUUUGAGGAGCAAGGAGAUAAAGAAAAUAGUCACCAAAUAAAGCAGACAGUACCUAUUCAUGCCAAUCUACAUAUUAUGCGUCCACAUCCCCCUCAAGAACCAUCAACAGAUAAGAAUAAUAACAGAAGAAGAUUACGGUUAAAAAGCACCAGCAGAGAAAGGAGAGAGACACCCAGUGGGAGUUCUUCAGGAAAUAAUAGCAGUGAAGAUAAAGCCACAACUGUCCUCACUACUGUGUCCCAACAAGGAACAGAGAUGUCGAACCCCAGCAUUCUAGGACCCCAGUCUCCUGAUCAAGCAGAUGAGUGGAUAUUUCCUGAAAAUGAUGGUCACGUUCUCCAUUUGGUGUCCAGAAGACAGUCUUUACUUCUGGAUGAUGACUCCUGCAACACUUCACACCUAUGGCUAGAAGCCAGCAAGGAAAGUGAACAGGAUCAACAGGCAGAGGAAACCCAGAUUGUUCCAAAGGACAUUUUCACCUUUUCAUCAAGACCACGAUCAGCACCUCAUGGAAAGACACAGAAUAUGUCCCCAGAGGAGCUUCCAUUUAUUUUGGAUCUAAAAGAAAAUAACAGUGUGACAAGGAGUGACACCCAAUUGGAGGAUGAUAUUUAUGGUGGUGACAGCAGCGAAGAGGAAUACGACUGGAGAAACUACCAGCCCAGCCAGAUGAGUGAAUCCGAGUUGCAGAUGCUGACAAGCCUACGUCGGCAACAGAAUGAAGAACUGGAGGAUGCUGGGGCUUCCCAUGGCCUGAGUGCAUCCCAGGUUGACAACUGUAACGUCAGCAUAAGUACCAGCAGUGAUGACACAACCACCUGGAACUCCUGCCUGCCACCCCCUGUCAAUCAGGGUCGUCACUAUCAGAAAGAAAUGAAUCCGCCUUCUCCUUCUAACCCCCGGGACUGGUUAAACAUGCUGAGCCCACCAAUCGUUCCUGCCAGUCAACAGCCAGCCGAGCAGCAUCCAGAUUCCCCUGGAAGCUCGAGCGCUCAAGGUGAAGAAGACCUGAGUGUGGAAGAGGACGAGGAAGUGCUGACUCUGUUGUAUGACCCAUGUCUGAACUGUUACUUUGACCCCCAGACUGGGAAAUACUAUGAGUUGGUAUAA